AUGUUCCAGAGCUACACAUGUACCGUUAACGGGUUCGCUGUAUCGCUGACGGACGUGGAAGCGAAACGGCUGAAGCACCAUCCCGCCGUGGCGAGGAUCGAAGAAGAGAAACUGCCUGCGGACCCCUACGACCCGACUGCAGACCCGUAUGGUCCGGUCCCGGACCGCUGGUUCGGCGGGUGUGAAGCAACGGCGGAUUUCCCAGCCUCGCUCUACAACGGCAAACUCAUUGGUGCCAAAAUUUUCAACCGCGGGUUUCUCUGGUCCGGGAAUUCCGUGGAUCCGAACGACUUUCCGUCUGCCCGGGAUGGAAGCGGGCACGGCACGUGGUGUGCGGGAGAGGCAGCAGCCGCUGCUGGUAAUGCCAACGUGAGUAUGGAGGUGAGCGGUCAAAGCUACGGGGCAGCGAGCGGCAUGGCUCCGCGUGCGCGCAUCGCCAUGUACAAGGCGAUGUGGAUGUACAAUGGCUACCUCACUGACAUCCAAGCCGCCGUUGAUGCUGCUGUGGCGGACGGCGUGGAUGUGCUCUCUCUUUCUUUGGGGAGGAAUCCGGUGUCCGACUAUUUUAUCGAGAUUCCCUACUUGAAUGUGGCUAAGGUGAGGCUUUGGAGAGGCGGAUGCUGCCAUGUGGAGGCGUUUGUUGCCCUGGCAGCUGGCAACUCGAGAGGAAUCCUGAUCCUCCUCUCCAUUCGUCCCCCCCGCGCUCUCCUCAACCCCUCCUCACUCACUCCCCAUGAUUUCUGCAGGCGGGCGGGUGUGUUUGUGGCGAUGUCAGCAGGCAACGCAGGGCCUGGGACGAUCCAAAACGCUGCUCCUUGGUACCUGACAGUGGGAGCAACCCACAGCACCAUCAGCCGGCAGUUCAUGGCAAAGCUGAUUCUGGGGAGUGAGCUUUGGGGGAGUGAGCUCAAAGGACACCAUCAGACGGCAGAACUUGGCAAAGCUGACUCUGGGGAACGGGGUGGAGCUAAGGGGAUUCAGCUCUGGAGGCACGGCACAGACGGUCAAUAA